AUGUACCACAUUUCAGUAGGUAUUCUGUACAUAUUGAUGUUGUAUAUAAAGCUUGCUACUGCAUGCCUUUAGAGCCGCCGUUAUAAUAUGGGUACCUUGGUACGGACUGGCAUCGUUUCAGAAGACUGCGGAAGGAGGAGCGUAUUCGGGUCCACACCAACUUCUUCGUGGCACUCCUGCUGUGUAGCACCGUGAACAUAUUGGUACAGAUGCUCCUUACCCACGAUUACCUGAGCAAGGAGAAUAACUCUAAUACUCGAAUGGAGGAAAAUUCGGUCGGCUGUCGCAUUCUUUGGGCCGCGCAACUCUACUUCUCCAGCACCACUUUUGCCUGGAUGUUCUGUGAAGGCUACUACCUCCACACGCUGAUAUCACACGCCCUGUCGCCGCAUAUCAACGUGCAGUGGCUUUACAUAGGAGGCUGGGUUGUUCCUGUGCUACCGACUCUUGCCUACUCCAUAGUGCGUAUCCUUAUGAACAAUGAACAGUGCUGGGCUCUAAGCUAUGGCAUGACAAACUGGAUUACCGAUGCCCCAAACUUAUUCUGCAUAGUGGCAAACAUAUAUUUCCUAGUCAGUAUAGCGAGGUCAAUAAAGCGACUGCGUGAACAUCCACAAGAAGAAUCAGCAAGAUCAAAGCGUAUAUGCAGAGCAGUAGUCAUACUGUUCCUACUGUUUGGCCUACAGUGGAUCAUACAGAUCGCCAGAUUACCGAAAGGAACCCGUGGCGAAGCGGAAUAUAACGUAUUCGCCACCACUGUCCGAAACUCGCAGGGCUUUCUCGUAGCUGUGAUAUUCUGCUUCUGUAACAGUGAAGUCCAGGCAUCGGUUCGGGACUCCCAGUUCUGGAGAACUCUACGACGUCUGAGUCGCGAAUCACGCCACAGCGUUCUGACUCAGAUGUCAAAUCUUUCCGGCAGGUCCAGCACCACCGCCAGAGGGCAGUCCGUAAAUUCCGAGACAGCACGAGACAAUUCGUUACAAUCCGAAGGACUCAAAGUAACCACGUACCGCCCUAGUCAAGAUUCAAGCAAAAACCUCAUUGGAAGCCGUAAAAAAGAUUCUUCACACCUUUUAUCUCCUGAAGGUACUAGCAAAAGCGAAUCACAGCAUUUUAAAACUGAAAAAGACAGCGCCGCACAAUCCAGUAGACUGUUGCAAACACGACAGGGACUAUAUUCACCCGGGUCUCCAAGUCACCAAGACAACUCUAAAAAACUUUCAUCAGAAAACUCUAAAAAGGGUUAUGUCGUGGUGGCAGCUACAGACUCUUACCCCGAAGAAAUUAAUGAGUAUAUUAGUCAAAUAUAAGGUGAUAUUAUAUUAAAAAUUGUAUUUUACUUUUUU